UCCCAUCAUCAGUAUCGAAUAGCUUCAGUUCCACUUCCUACCUGGAAACUUCGCCCGCGUGACAAUACUGAAUCAUAUUGGUUGUUUCACCACGCGUGCAUAUCCGCACGCGCUCCUACGCGCUGUCAUGCAAUGCGAUUCCCCUUGAACCGCUCGCUUUACCCCUACCAACUUCGAUCCACUCAUUCCACCAUGGCUCCAGGCAAAACAAUAUCUUCUCUUCUUGCGUCCAGCGCUCCAACCGUCAAGGGACUUCAGACUCUCCUCCAGCAAAUUGGCUGCGCGACAUCGGGCAGAAAAGACGCUCUACACAAUCGCAUCUCGCAAGCAGUCACAUCUGCCCCAACAAUGGACCCCAGGAAAGAAACCAAGAUAUUAUCUAUUGAUAUGGGGAUCAAGAAUCUAGCGUACUGCAUAGCAAAAGUCACGCCUUCGUCGGAGGGGGAGGGGCAAACGCGACAGCCUACAGCCACUACGAUGGAUAUCCUAGCUUGGCAACGUCUGGAUCUCACGGAAGAAGCGUGGAAACACAGCAAUAUCGCAGAUCUUCCCACCUCCCAAACCCCGGACUCAGCCCCCACAGAAAAUGCAACAGACCAAGAAGAUCUCUUCUCCCCCAAAAACCUCUCCUCAACCGCCUUCUCCUUAGUUCGCCAGCUUCUCAAACACGACCCAGACGUCAUAUUGAUCGAGCGUCAGCGAUGGCGCAGCGCAAGCUCCAGCGCGAUUCAACAAUGGACUGUUAGAGUGAACUCCCUGGAAGCCAUGCUAUGGGCCACAUUCACUGCGAUCCGCGAGAUGUCGUCUUCGACUAGUUCUUCCUCUGAUACCGCGGCGCGGGAAGGUGGGAAAUUCACUGUGUAUAGCGUUGAUCCGAAGCGUGUGGGGAAUUACUGGUUGGAUAGUAUGAUGCUGGACUCUAGUGCUACGGAAUCUGCAUCUCCACCAAAAAAGAAGAGGACGACGAAAUCCGAUGGCAGGGAUAGUGAAACCUCAUCGCCACCAUCAUCCACGGAAAUACCCCUGGAAAAAGAAAACACGCAAAUCGACUCGUCCACAAAGAAGUCUGUACCACGCAGCAAAGCAGAGAAGAAAGCAAAAAUUCACAUCCUCCGUACAUGGCUCGGUGCCGAUAUCCCCUCGACCAUCGCAUCUCCACCGCCAUCAUCGCUCGAACAAUCUCAACAUCAGCAGUACCACGAAACUUACCAAACACCACUGCUCCUGCUCCCCCGUCCACACAUCUUUUUUCGUUUCAAAGGCAGAACGAAUACUCCUCCUAACCCUUUUUCCUCUUCAUCAUCAUCGUCUACAACAUACGACGAUGACGACCCAGUCCUAGCACGUGACGCACUUCUCCGUUCCGUCACCCCUUCUUCCACUCCUACUACCCCUCGACCCAGGAAGAAAAGGGGCGAGAAAGAUGUAAGUGCAGAAAAGCAAAAAAGAGUAGUAGAUAAAACAGAGAAGAAAAUCGAUGAUAUCACGGAUUGCUUCCUCCAAGCUGCGGCGUUUGUAGCUUGGGAUCAGAGUUUGGCGGGGUUGAGGCGGAGGGUUGAGAUGGGGGGUUUUGGUAGUAUGGAGGCUGGGGAGAAGAAGAAGAAUGGGGGAAAGGAAGGGACGAAAAGAGGGAAAAAAGAUGGGCUAUCGGUGAGAUGA